AGGUUCCCGCCAGAUGGCGGCUGGAUGGACUAUAAAGAAGCGCGCGGAUUUGCUGGAGGACAUAUAGAAAGCGUCUUGCGACACACAAGUCACUUUUGCUUCGACUGCUUCCAUUUGAGUGCCCACAGCAGAAAAAAAGGAGAGCAGCAGCAGAAAUGGCGAUUGUUCGGCAAGCAGUUGUUCUUGUAGCCCUUGUUGGAGCCUGCUGGGCACACAAGGACGGUGCCCCCGAAUCGGCAUGCGCUACCAUGAUUCCCGGGCACAAAGAUUCAACACACGAAGAGGCCGGACCCUCGACGCCCUUUCACCUUGUCCAGGACAAGCGAGACUUUAAGGCCGGAGACGUCGUCGCUGUUACACUGUCAUCCAGCGGCACGCCCUUCAAGGGUUUCUUCGUGAAGGCUUUUAACGAGAACAACCAGGAAGUCGGACAGUUCGAGGCUAGCUCCGAUGCCAAGGCCGUCACCAAGUGCUCCGGCGUUACUCACACCAGCCCCACGGACAAGACCGCCGUCAAAGUCCUCUGGAAGGCACCUGAGGGAGCCGCCGGCAAAGUGCACUUCAGGGCAACUGCUGUCAUCGACUAUCACAAGAGCGUCACCGGUAUUCAGAGCACCGUGGCUUAAGCAUCAUCCGAACCAUUUCCUCUGCACAGUGUCCUUUCCAAGACUUUCUACAGAUAAAUGAGCUAUACUCGUCUCGCGACAUUCGGAAGCGCACCAGGAGAACAUUGGAAUGUCAUCAAUAAAUAGAAAUGUCACCGUUA